UCUACAGCAUUGUUGAGAGCUUUCCUGAAGCGUGCGUUCACGCUUAAUUAAUGACGCUUCAACCACGGGAAAGUAUUGUGUUUACCUGUGCAAUAAUCCGCGGAAAAAACGCCAGAGAUGCGUAUUUUACGGCCGAUUGGAUGGAGUUUUACUUUAAAAAAUGACAUUACAAAAUUCCGAACAGAAAAAUUCACGCCAUGCAAAAGUUUAACUUCCCUUGCUACUCCUUGGAGUGAUAGACGGAGACUGUUAAGACUUAUAAACCUUCCUCGAGUAAAUUUUACGCGACAGUGUACAGAGUACACCAAACUGAGCUACGAAGAGUCAUUCAGAGCUGCGAGGGACAACCCUGAAAAGUUUUGGAAUGAAGCAGCUCAGAAUAUCUCCUGGUUUGAGCCAUGGAGCCAGACACUGCAGAUUGACGAUGCCAUAUUCCCAAACUGGUACGUUGGAGGGAAACUGAACGUUUGCUACAAUGCGGUGGAUUGUCAUGUGGAAAGUGGACGAGGAGACCAACCUGCCAUCAUUUACGAGAGCCCUGUCUCUGAAACCAAGCAGAUCAUCACCUACAAGGAACUGCUGCAACAGGUGUCUAGGCUGGCAGGGGUGCUGGUGAAACAGGGGGUGAAGAAGGGAGACCUGGUGGUCAUCUACAUGCCCAUGGUGCCCCAGGCUAUGUUCACCAUGCUGGCCUGUGCCAGGAUAGGUGCCACACACAGUCUUAUAUUCGGGGGCUUUGCCUCCAAGGAGCUCUCAGUCCGUAUCGACCAUGCCAAGCCCAAGAUGAUAGUGACAGCUUCGUUUGGGAUUGAGCCAGGCAGGAGGGUGGAGUAUAUUCCUCUGGUGGAAAAAGCUCUGGAGUUCAGCUAUCAUAAACCCUCCAAGGUCCUGAUCUACAACAGACCCAACAUGGGGAAGGUGUCCAUGCACCCUGACCUGAGUCUGGACUGGGAGGAGGAGAUGGCCAAGGCCCAUCCCCAUGACUGUGUCCCCCUUCCUGCCAACCACCCUCUCUACAUCCUCUACACCUCUGGGACUACUGGGGCUCCUAAGGGCAUUGUCAGAGACACAGCCGGCUAUGCUGUGAUGUUAAAGUGGACCAUGUCAAAUAUUUAUGACCUGAGGCCUGGUGAGGUGUGGUGGGCAGCGUCUGACCUGGGCUGGGUCGUUGGUCAUUCCUACAUUUGCUAUGCCCCUCUUCUCCAUGGCAACACAACAAUUCUCUAUGAGGGGAAGCCAGUGGGGACUCCAGACGCCGGGGCGUUCUUCCGCGUCCUCUCGGAGCACGGCGCAUCCUCCAUGUUCACCGCGCCCACCGCCAUCCGAGCUAUCCGCCAGCAGGACCCCCAGGCUGCAGCAGGGGGCAGGUACCCCCUCACCAGGCUGCGCAGUCUGUUCCUGGCUGGAGAGCGCUGUGAUGUGGAGACUCUGGAGUGGGCCAAGAGGAGCUUCAGAGUGCCUGUUCUGGACCACUGGUGGCAAACAGAGAGUGGAUCGGCCAUCACCUCGUCUUGCAUCGGGCUGGGAAACUCUCCUUCUCCCCCUGCUGGCCAGGCAGGCAAGCCAGUUCCAGGAUACAAUGUCACGGUGAUUGAUGAUGACAUGCAGGAGGUGAAGCCAAGGACCCUGGGAAACAUCGUGGUGAGACUGCCUCUACCACCGGGGGCAGCGUUGUCUCUGUGGCAGAACAGCCAGCUGUUCAGGGAGCUGUACUUCUCCAAGUUCCCCGGUUACUAUGACACCAUGGAUACGGGCUUUGUAGAUGAGGAGGGGUUCCUUUACAUCAUGUCGCGCUCUGAUGAUGUCAUCAAUGUGGCGGGCCACAGGCUGUCAGCAGGCGCUUUGGAGGAGUCUGUGCUUCAGCAUCCAGGGGUGGUAGACUGUGCCGUGGUGGGUCUUGAGGACUCUCUGAAGGGCCAUGUCCCCCUGGCUCUCUGUGUGCUUAGGAAGGAUCUCCAGAGGAACCCGGAGGUGAUAGUGAAGGAGAUUGUGAGUCUGGUGAGGGAGACUGUGGGCCCUGUGGCUGCCUUCCGGAAGGUUCUGUUUGUCACCGGACUCCCCAAGACGCGCUCCGGCAAGAUCCCUCGCUCCUCUCUGGCUAAUCUGGUCAACAACAAGCCUUACAAGAUCACUCCCACCAUCGAGGACCCAGAGGUGUUCAAGGACGUAGAGAGGCAGGUGGAGAAGGCCCUGAGGCCAGCUGGGCAGUGAGGGAGCACAGGGCCUGGCGAUCACCUGGGCCCCGCAGAGCUCUGGAGGUCUACUGCACUGUGAGGUGGGAAUGGAAGGAUGGGCCGAUGGCCUGGUUCUUCUCAUCACUGUCGUCUGCUACACACUCCUACAGCCAUGUCAAGUAAGAAAGCAUACAUUGUGUGUCCAUCAUGCUACAGCAUUUCUGGUCAGGUAUGACCACUGUUACUAACUGCUUUUGGGUUCGGAAUUGAGUGGCUAGACCAGUGGUUCCUAAGCCUGUCCUCAGGGACCCCCUGUCCUGCAUGUUUCAGAUGUUUCCCUGCUCCAACAAACCUGAUUCAAAUGAAUGGGUCGUUAUCUAGCUCUGUAGAAGCCUGGUAACGAACAUGAUUUUGCAUCAGGUGUGUUGGAGCCAAGAAACAUCUAAAACAUGCAGGACAGGGGUUACCUGACAACAGAGUUAAGAACCACUGGGAUAGACUAACACAGCGUGAAAUAGAGUGGCAGAAAGUCCAAGUGAGCCUAGUUAAAUGUGAAAAUGGCAGUUAACUGAUAUUAGAGAUUAUUUUAAGACAUUGUACUGUAUGUAGAGGGUUCUGUUAAAGGCAGGUUCAGUAAAUGUUGCAAAUCGAGCAAUUUUGGCUUGAGUUUAAAAGGAUUCAAACCAAAAUAUCCCACCCCCUCCUUUCAAAUCCACUACUGCCGGGAGGUAGAUAGACAGACAAGUAAAACCGUCCAAUCAUUCCAUUUGGUCCGAAUGCCGUCCAAUCAUUAAGUUCCGUCCAAACAAAAUGACUAGUCAUGUUUAUCACAGUCAAAUUAAAUAAAUCAGAAAUCUGUAGGCGUCACAGGACUGUCAAACCUGUAGAUGUAUUGGUUGCUAUCAGGUUGUGUCGUUUAUUUCAGCAAAUAUGACAGUGUAUCAACAUUACCGAUCCUGCCUUUAACUUCAUUAUCAAGCCAGUAGACACCAUACUGUACUAUAGCCUCCAAAUGGUGUUUUGGCACGUAACAAUUUAGUAUGAUUGCUUCAUAAGUCCAUGUUUUAACUAUUGUCACUGACAGUAUUUUUUAUUGACAAUGAAAAGUUGUUUGAUCACCACUUAGUUUUGACCAAAGUACAAGAAGUAAUAAAUAAAAAAAAUGGACACAAAUGAUUCUUUGUUCGUGCAAAUCAGAUAUGUAAAAAAACAAACCUAAAUAAAAACCUUGAUUGAC